UGUAUUUCAAAUUAUUGAUUUUCUUAUUAUUUUUUCUAAAAUUUCAUAGCUCAAUUUUCCCAUAGGUAAAGUCAUACGCCCCUCCGCGAUAUGGUACGAAUUCUCAGCCUAACCUCAGAAACUUUAUAAAAUAAUUAAAAAAAAUACUAUAUUUACUCAAAAAAAACAAAAUAAUCAAAUUUAUAAUUAAUUAAAUAAAUAUUAUACUCACAAAAAAAAUAAAUUAUAUAUAUUAAACCCCGUCCUCUUAUUUUUAAAAUACGAUAUCUAGCAAAUUAUUUAUUUAUUUAAAGAAAAAUAUAUAUUUAUUAUCCAUAAAUUCGACAAAUCAUUCACACGCCGAAUACCAGAUUAUUGUAGAGGGAAUCGUUUUGGCUAAUAGCAAAGAAGGACAGACUGUAGACGCUGCCAUGAGUCAAGCGGUAGAACCUGCCGAAUGCAGCAUAAAGGUAAUGUGCCGGUUCAGACCCCUGAACAGUAGCGAGGAACGGGCCGGAAGCACCGUUAUAGUCAAAUUCCCUCCCAAUGAUGAGACCACUUGCGUUGUGGCGGGAAAAUACUACAUUUACGAUAAGGUUUACAAAUCGAACGCAACUCAAGAUAGAGUCUAUAGUGAAAGCGCGAAACCCAUCGUGAAAGAUGUCUUGUGUGGGUACAAUGGCACAAUAUUCGCCUACGGUCAAACAUCCAGCGGUAAAACUCAUACAAUGGAGGGUGUUAUAGGGGAUGCCGGGCUCGAAGGAAUUAUUCCCAGGAUAGUGUCUGAUAUCUUUCAGCAUAUCUAUCAAUUAGACGAAAAUUUGGAAUUUCAUAUAAAAGUAUCUUAUUACGAAAUAUACAUGGACAAAAUCAGGGAUCUAUUGGAUGUAUCCAAAAUCAAUCUAGCCGUUCACGAAGAUAAGAAUAGAGUUCCCUACGUUAAAGGCGCCACUGAGAGAUUCGUUACCAGCCCGGAAGAAGUGAUGGACACUAUUCAAGAAGGAAAAGCUAAUAGACACGUGGCAGUUACCAACAUGAACGAACAUUCCUCUAGGAGUCACAGCGUAUUUCUCAUAAACGUUAAACAGGAAAACAUCGAAACGCAAAAAAAGCUAAGCGGAAAACUUUACCUUGUAGAUUUGGCUGGCAGUGAAAAAGUUAGUAAAACCGGGGCAGAAGGAUCCGUACUGGACGAGGCCAAGAAUAUAAACAAAUCUCUUUCGGCCCUAGGAAACGUUAUAGCUGCCCUAGCGGAAGGAACGAAAUCGCACGUGCCUUAUAGGGAUAGCAAGCUGACGCGGAUCUUGCAAGAAAGUUUAGGCGGAAAUGCUAGAACUACCAUAAUUAUCUGCUGCAGUCCUGCUUCCUUCAAUGAAACUGAAACCAAAUCGACCCUUAUGUUCGGCCAACGGGCUAAGACUAUAAAGAACACUAUAACGAUUAACGAAGAAUUAACCGCCGAAGAAUGGAAACGCCGUUACGAGAGAGAAAGAGACAAAGUGACAAGGUUGAAGGACAAACUUACACCUGCCCUGCUCGAGCUCGCUAAAUGGCGCCGGGGCGAAACGGUUCGCCCGGACGAACAGCUGAAUUUAGCCGAACAAAUACUCCCUCAAGCCCCCAGCAAAUCUGAAGAAAUUAAGGUUAGCGGAGUUGAAAUGGAAGGAGAACGGAAGAAGUUCGAGGAAGAGAAAUAUAAGCUUUACCAGAUGCUCGAUGAAAAGGAUGAAGACCUUACCUCUCAAUCUCAAACAAUAGAAGAACUCAAAUCUCAACUAUCCGAACUUGAAGAAACGUUAUUAGCCCUUAAAUCCGAAGAAGAAACUCGCAUAACCGAAAUCAGUCGGUUGCAAUCCGAAAAUGAUUCGGCCCGGGACGAGGUGAAAGAAGUCCUAUCGGCUCUCGAGGAACUAGCAUUGAAUAUCGAGCAGAAAAAAAAUGAGGCGAGUGACAGAUCCAGAGAGAACGAAGCUCUCAAUGGAAGACUCAGCGAAAAAUUGGGUGAGCUAAGCACCUUACAAGACCAGUUACAGGCCAUAAAUGACAACCUAGAAUUUUACAAGAAAAGAGUAUCAGAGCUAGUUUCCAUCGAUUUGCUGGAAAUUGCUGUAGUUCUAGGAAAGGCCGAUGAUUUUAAGCCUAGUAUAGAAUUGAUAAACGGAAGAACUGACGAAGAAUUUACGGUCGCGCGCUUAUUCAUCAAUAAACUUAAAUUAGAAUUAGAAGUUAUUAUCAAGAAAACUGCUGAGAUGGAACUCUCAAAUAUUGAAAAUAGCUCCAAGAUCAAAGAAAACGAUAAAGAAUUAUCUGAGUGCAAAAUGCUAAUAUCUCAGCAAGAAGCCAAGCUCAAGAGCCUACUAGAAGCGAGCCAUGAGAUGGAAAUCAAAAAGCGCCAAUUGGAACAACAACUCGAUUUAGUCAACGAAGAAUAUUCCAAAUUGAAACUAGAAUCACAUUCUAUCCCAACUUUGGCCAUUAACACGUCAAAUCUUUCCAAUAACAUUUCCAGCCCUGGCUCUCAACCUUCAGCCUUUUCAAAUAAUUCCAGUGAUUCAUUAUUGCAAGCAAAUAACGAAGACCUUUCCAACUCAGUUGACGUCCACCUCAGGCAAUUAUCAUCACUGAGAGACGAGAUAAGCGAGAAGCAAAGGAUAAUCCAGGAACUGAAAAAUGAAAAUGUCGAUAUUAAAACCCUACUGCAAGCCUUGGUGACAGAUCACGAAAAACUUAAGACUGAACUAAAUAAUAAGAGCUCUAAACUGGAAGAACUUUGCAAACAACUGGAAAGGAGGGAACAAGCAAAAAGAGACAUGAAAGGCCUCGAAGAAACCGUGGCCAAAGAAUUGCAAACCCUUCACACGUUAAGGAAACUUUUCGUCCAGGACUUGAGCAACAGAAUAAACAGGAAACAACUUGUCAACCAACGGAAUAGCAACAUCAAUCAAUCCAACGCUUUGGUGGAUAAAGAUAGUAUCGCUACUAAUAAAGACACCCCUAGGAAUAACGAAUCGAUCUUAGCUGAUGACGAAGAAAACGAAGGAGCUAAUAAUCACGCCGUCGAUAAGCAAAAGAUAAUAUUCCUCGAAAGUAAUUUGGACCAACUUACCAGGGUUCACAAACAAUUGCUCAAGGACAACGCCGAUCUUAGAUGCGAAGUUCCGAAACUUGAAAAGCGGAUGAGGAUGACGGGCGAAAGAGUCAAGAGCUUGGAACAGUCCUUGCGAAUGGCUAAAGAAACAGCCGCCAACGACAGACGCAGGUACCAGAAUGAGGUCGAGCGUAUUAAAGAGGCUGUUCGAAGGAGAAAUAAGACUGGGCAUUUCGCUACUAUAGCCAAACCAAUUCGAGCCGGACAUCAACCUACCAAAUGAAAUGAAUCACUCAAGAUUCUCCCGAUUUUUAUUUAUUUUGGAAUAUGAAUCUAGAUUUUUUUUAAUGCUAGAUUUAUUUUAUUUGUUGCCUAUUUCAUGCGCGGCAAAAAAUAUGCUGAGAUAUUGUAAAUAAUAUAACUAUUAUUAUAUAUUUAUAAAACCAAAAUCGUCGCUAAUGCUCUUUAUGUCCUCAAUGAUCUUAAUGCAUUAUUUAUUACUUCUCUCUUAUCUCACUGUGUCGUUCGGGGAUUAUUCAUUAUUAUUGUUAUUAUUUAUAAUGUUUCAUUUUAUUUUUCAUUUGUCAGUUUUUUUUAAGUUUAUGCUCAAUUUUAUAUUUAUUUUUUUUGCUAUAUAAAAGAUAAUUUAACGCUUUUAUAUGUUUAGAAGUAUAACAUCA